AGGAGAUCAGCUCCCCUUCCGAGCUAUCAAAACCGCCCUUAAACCGCGUAGGCUCUGAAAAGCUGAAACUCACGUGAUAUGAGUGCAGAAGGAGGUUCAACGCCCACUCCUGAGCCCGACCACUCCAUGAUCAACACAAAACUAAGAGCCUGUGAGGCAUGCAAGUCUAGAAAGAUACGAUGCGACAAGUUAAGCCCCUGCUCAGCCUGCAGAAGUGCCAAUAUCCAAUGUUGGACUUCUCGGCAGCCCAGAGAGAAACGUCAGCGUGUGUUGAUAUCAAACAAAUAUGAGGAGCAUCUUGAAAGCAUCAGCACCCACUUGUCGCAGCUGCAAGGUAUGGUUGCGAACCUAACAAAAGAUACUACACCAGUUAGACCCCAGCCCUUAGCACCGCAAAUAGUGCCUCCCGUCCUUCCGCCUUCGUCAAAUAUCAGACGAAGUUCAAUACAAUCUGAAGAAGCAAUCUCAGGCACCAUUCCUUACCUCGGGGAAUCCUCUUUCGAAGUUCAUUCCCAACAAACAAGCCAAGUUUUGGAAAAAGCUCUUAGGAGCACUCCCCCUUCCAAUUUCCGUAGUGAUGGAGCUUCGUCUGUUUGGCAAUCUAUCCGGGAAAUUCUCAUAGAGAAAACAAGUCACCCUCAAGAAAAAUUCACCUACGAGCUCCCAAUGGUACCUAUACAAACUGCGCUUAAAGCUUUGCGCCUUAUUGAUGGUUCUCCGGAUGAAAUCUUGCACUAUAUGCCAAUGGCAGAUGCAAGCAAACUAAAGGAAAUCUGCCAAUCAGUAUAUUUUCCAAUCAAGGGCUAUUCAAUUUCAGACUUCCUUCUCGUAAAUGGCGGGCUAAUGAGUAUCCUGUGCAACGCAACUGAAACUGAGCUCAAAGUAUGCGACAUCGAUCUGGCUGAGGCUACGCGGAGUAUCGUGAUUUGCGAGAGCAAUAUUGCUUUAUUGAUAGAGCGAAUAAAUCCUUUCACCGAGCCUACAGUUACCAAUAUCGAUGCUUUGUUGAUCUCAGUUCAGAUACUUAUCUGCCAAUCGAAACUUCAAAAAGCUUGGGCUUUGCUCUCUUUGGCUUCCCGACUUUGCCUUGAUAGCGGGUUGAAUCGACUUCAGGACGACCCAGAAAUACCUGAAACAUCGGACCUCAGGGCAAAGAAAGUAUGCUUUUGGUUCACAUAUUCCUUAGACAAAGCACUUUCGUUGAACUUUGGUCGAACUUCGAAUUUCUCGGAUUUCGACAUUACGGUUACGUACCCAAACUUCCCGAAUACUCCAAUCACUGUUACGUAUAUAGUUUGGAUGGACCUCGGUAAAGUGCAGAGCCGCAUAUAUGAAAAGCUUUAUUCUGCGAAAGGUCAGCUGGAGAGUCUCGAGUCGAGAGCAAACGUGGCGAGAGGUUUGGCUCAGGAACUUCGAGAGUUGCAGCGGCGGUGCCAGGAUGUUUUUGCGCAAUUAACCGAAUUGAACGUGCCUCACAUAGACACUGAGAUGACUAUCUUGGCGAACUUGACCCUGGUUUACCGAGCACUUCCAACGCCACAGCCUGAUCAUCCUCUUCGAUUCCCCGAAGAAUGCAUCUCGACUGCAAGGGAAGCACUUCAGCUGCACCAAAGGCUAUGUUUGCUAUUCUUCGCAAGAUCAGACUAUUCUAUUCGAAUGUACAUUGAUUGGAACCUUGCAUUUUGUCCCUUCACCCCAUUCAUCGUCAUUCUGGGCACAGCCAUUUUGAACAUAGACUACGAGGAUAUGAAUCUCCUAGCACAAGUGGUCGAGUCCCUUGAGAGGGCAUCACGACAGGCGCCUGGUGCGACGAAACUAUACAACAUAUGCAAGAUAUUGCUGAAGGGUGCCCGGUCCUGCAUUGAGCAGAGUCUGAGUACUAAACCAACAGCCACAACAAGGCAAAUGCAAACUCAAGACAAAAAAACGCUAGAUUAUAACCAAGAAGCAGCUCAAAACGACGAGAGUGCUCAAUUUGGUUUCCGGGAGGACUGGGAUCCCGUUCAGCUGGAUCAUUUGAGCAACAUGUCGACAUUGUUUGACAAUUAUUUGGCAGGAAAUUCAAGCUUGAUACCGAUACUUGACGCCGAUUUGACCCAACUCGAUAUGAUGGAAUCACCGAGUAAUGCUUAUUAACUCGAAAUCUUCUUGAUCAAAUUAAGAGUGAAUCACUGUUCAUGACUGGGAGAUCACAACCUGCAGCCUAAAGGGCGGGAAUCUCCGUAUUCUAAAAUGCAGCAUACUUUGUAAGAUUUAGAAUGCUGAUCGCUCCUUGACAUGAUUGAUGUUUGGUCUUGAGCCGGCGCUGAGUCUCGGGGUAGAAAAGCUACGACUUAAGGUGAUACUGGUAGAUGACAGCAAGCGGUUGUUCCGUUAUGAAAGAUGAUUGUAGAUCAUUCUGAUAAUAAGAUAAAUGCAACACGUUGAAG